CACGCUAUUUACAGGGAGGGGGCUCCAGCGCUAGUGGAACUCUGAGCUCUGACUACCGAGCCUUCACUAAAUCACCGCUCUCUGGCCAAAGGAAACUAAACAAUAUAGAAUCUGGUUGACGGCGAGCAACGAGCAUCGACCCUCUCUCCACACCACAACGCGCUUUCCCGUGGAAUGAGCGUUCCAUGCAGCAUCCUAGGUAUGAAUGACGUGGCCUGGCAGGAGACAAGAGGUGGGAUGCUGCAUGCAAAUGGCGCUCCUGAGACUGGAGGUGUCAGAGUUCACGUUGGAGGGCCCUUAGCCUCAGUUGGGGUAGCUGGACAGGCUCCUGGAGUCUCACAUUUACAAGGCAUGGACCGGGUAGUCAUCCCCAACCCGGGUACCCCGCAGCCUCCGCUAAGUGGACGUUCUCAGGAUGACGCCACAGUCGGAUACUUCUUUCAGAGGCAGCCCGGAGAGCAGCUUGGAAGUUGCACACCCAGCAAGCAUCGCUGGCCAACUGGUGAUGCCAAUCAUGUUGAUCAGGUCCGUGCUCAGGAUGAAAUGAACUACGACUUCCAAGCUCUGGCUUUGGAGUCGAGGGGCAUGGGAGAGCUUCUGCCAGCAAAAAAACUCUGGGAUUCUGACGAGCUGAACAAGGAUGGAAGGAAAGGAAUGCUUCUGGGAGAGGAGUGGAGGGACAACGCAUGGGGAUCACCUCAUCAUUCAGUGUCUCAGCCGAUCAUGGUGCAGCGGCGACCAGGCCAGAGUUUCCAUGGGAAUGGUGAUGCCAAUUCUGUGCUUUCACCUCGCUCAGAAGGUGGAGGCCUCGGGGUGAGCAUGGUGGAGUAUGUCCUGAGCUCCUCUCCGGGUGACAAGAUGGAUGGACGCUACAGGAACGGUGGCUAUGGUGGAGGAGAUGUCGACCAAGAUGGGAGAGAGAAGAUUGAUGUCCAAGAGAAAGUGUCCCCCUUUGAAGAGGACAAGAGCCCAGAGAUGAAGGUGGGAGAUGAGAACGAUCCCGCUAAAGCCAACGGAAGAGGUCUACUAAACGGCAUGGACAGAGACUGCAAAGAUUUCAAUCCAACCCCUGGAAGCCGCCAAGCUUCCCCCACCGAGGCUGUGGAGAGAAUGGGUCCCAGUCAGACGGGUAUGGAGAUGAUGGCGCAGCACCACCAACAUGUCCUCCAACAACACAACCCCGCCCAAAACAAGCCCGAGGACUUCCAGAACCAGGAAGCCCAGAAUAUGGGGGGUAUGGAGCAGCAAGGCGGCGUGGAGUCCCUCCAGUUCGACUAUGCUGGGAACCAGAUCCAGGUGGACUCCUCGGGGACUCCAGUAGGACUGUUUGACUACAACUCACAGCAGCAGUUGUUCCAGAGAUCUAACGCCCUGACUGUUCAACAGCUCUCUGCAGCUCAGCAACAACAGUACGCGCUAGCUGCAGCCCAGCAGCAGCAUCUCGCUGGCCUUGCUCCUGCGUUUGUGCCAAACCCUUACAUCAUCAACGCUGGGCCCCCUGGAACCGACCCCUACACUGCCGCCGGGCUGGCAGCAGCAGCCUCGCUUGCAGGCCCCACAGUGGUUCCACCUCAGUACUACGGCGUUCCCUGGGGCGUGUACCCGGCUAACCUUUUCCAGCAACAGGCUGCAUCAACUGCCAAUCACUCAGCUAAUCAACAAGCAUCCAAUCAGGGACCAGGGCCGGGCCAACAACAGUCUCCUUACCUUCUCCUCCAGGUGAUGCGCACAGGAAACAACCAGCGACCUCUCACACCUGGGCAAGGCCAACAGAGUCAGCAGGAAUCUCUCGCUGCAGCAGCCGCCGCGAACCCGGCACUGGCGUACGCAGGAAUGUCUGGUUAUCAGGUGUUGGCCCCUGCAGCCUAUUAUGACCAGAACGGGGCCCUGGUGAUGGGUCCUGGUGCCCGAGCUGGUCUAGGUGGGCCAGUUCGUCUCGUCCAGACCCCUCUCCUCAUCAACCCUGCAGCAGCACAAGCUGCUGCGGUGUCGGCGUCUGGCUCCGGUAACAACAUGUCUGGUCCAGGCAACGGGCUGUACCGCUCCAUGCCUCAGCAACAGCAGCAGCAACAGCAGCAGCAGCAGCAGCAGCAGCAGCAGGCUCCCCCGCCCAGCAGCGGACUGCCCUCCAGCUCGUUUUACGGCUCUGGUUCGGUCCCGAACACGUCUCAGAGCAGCUCGCUCUUCUCUCACACCUCUGCUGCGCAGCAGCAACAAAACUCUCUGGGCUUCAGCAAUACCGGCAGCUCCCUCGGCGUUGGCCUGGGCUCUGCUCUCGGAGGCUUUGGCUCCUCUGUAUCCAGCCCAACCAGUAGCAGCGUAUCUCGCAGGGACUCCCUGCUGGCAAGUUCUGAUCUAUACAAACGCGGUGGCAGCAGUUUAACUCCCAUCGGCCAGCCCUUUUACAACAGCCUGGGUUACUCCUCUUCACCCAGCCCCAUCGGCCUCACACCAGGUCACUCUCCACUCACUCCUCCACCUUCUCUGCCCUCCUCUCAUGGAUCCUCUUCCAGCCUUCACCUAGUAUCUGGUCAUUCUCUAAUCCUAGGUGGCCUGACGAAUGGCAGCGGGCGUUACAUUUCCGCGGCGCCUGGAGCUGAGGCCAAGUACCGGAGCGCCGGGGGGACGUCCAGUCUCUUCAACUCCAGCAGCCAGCUGUUCCCUCCGUCUCGGCCCCGCUACAGUCGCUCCGACGUCAUGCCGUCCGGACGCAGCCGCCUGCUGGAAGACUUCAGGAACAACCGCUUCCCAAACCUCCAACUCCGUGACCUGCCGGGACACAUGGUGGAGUUCUCUCAGGACCAGCACGGAUCCAGAUUCAUCCAGCAGAAGCUGGAGAGGGCCACUCCAGCUGAGAGGCAGAUGGUGUUUGGAGAGAUUCUGCAGGCGGCGUACCAACUGAUGACUGAUGUAUUUGGGAACUAUGUCAUCCAGAAGUUCUUUGAGUUUGGAAGUGCAGACCAGAAGUUGGCUUUGGCAACACGAAUCCGUGGACACGUCCUCCCCCUGGCUUUGCAGAUGUAUGGUUGCAGGGUCAUCCAGAAAGCCCUGGAGUCCAUCUCCUCAGACCAGCAGGUAAUUAGCGACAUAGUCCGCGAGCUGGACGGCCACGUGUUGAAGUGUGUCAAGGACCAGAAUGGCAACCAUGUGGUGCAGAAGUGUAUCGAGUGUGUCCAGCCUCAGGCCCUACAGUUCAUCAUUGAUGCCUUCCAAGGACAGGUGUUUGUGCUCUCCACACACCCCUACGGCUGCAGAGUCAUCCAAAGGAUUUUGGAGCACUGCACCCAGGAGCAGACUCUGCCCAUCCUGGAGGAGCUGCAUCAGCACUCUGAACAGCUGGGCCAGAAAUAUCAAGGCGUAUCAUUGGAGAUGACACCCAAAACAUAUUAUACAGUGUCCCGCGAUGCACUGUUCAAGGAUCAGUACGGUAACUACGUCAUUCAGCAUGUUCUGGAGCACGGCAGACCGGAAGAUAAGAGCAAGAUAGUUGCAGAGGUUCGCGGGAAGGUUCUCGUCCUCAGCCAACACAAAUUUGCAAGUAAUGUCGUGGAGAAGUGUGUGAUCCACUCUUCGCGUGCAGAGAGAGCUCUGCUCAUCGAUGAAGUGUGCUGCCAGAAGGACGGGCCCCACAGCGCCCUGUACACCAUGAUGAAGGACCAGUACGCCAACUACGUCGUCCAAAGAAUGAUCGACAUGGCAGAACCUGCUCAGCGCAAAAUCAUCAUGCACAAGAUCCGGCCUCACAUUGCCACUUUACGCAAGUACACGUACGGGAAGCACAUUCUGGCCAAGCUGGAGAAGUACUACAUGAAGAGCGGCUCUGAACUGGGCCCCAUCGGCGGCCCCACGAACGGCCUCAUGUAGUCCCGUCGACAUCCUGGGUCCCCUGAAGAAGAAGAAGAGGUGGAGGAGGAGCCCCAAACCCCCCUUUGUUCUGUGAGAGAUGCUCCUUAGCCAUAGGGCCUUUGACACCCUCUGUUAUCCCAUUUUUUGGGGGGGAAUUACCAAAAAAAAAAAGGACAACUUCACCUAAGAACGCUGUGACAACUGACCCCUGCCGCUCUGCCACCCCUGGCGCCGGCCCCCCCAAGCGUGGCCCCUCCAGGGGGGGGGGGGACGCACAGUCAGCAGGCCCAUUUUUUUCUUUUUUCCUGGGUAAAGCACAAGCCCACUGUUAAUGAUGUAAUUGAUGUAUUUGACUGGUUUUCAUAUUGUACAUUUAGUUUUUUACCUUGUAAAUUCUCUGUAGAAAAAAAAAAAACAAUUGCUGAAAUUUCCAAUUCAAUUAACACCAGCAAGUGAUUUUAUAAGGCUAAACUUGAGUGAUCCUUUUAAAAGAAACUUGUUUUUUUGUAACCAGACUUAUUAUGUCAGCCGUUCUAAUCAAGUCUAGGCGAUUAAAUAUUAUAUUUGUAUAUUCUCCCAUGCACACACAGUAGACGUGUUUUCCCACCAUGCCAAAGCAGCUGAUGGAUUAGUUUUCACAUACAGUGAUGUGUCCUGUGCCACGGUCACCACCCAGCUUGGCUUUGUGGGGGGGAUUGGUGCUUUGGUCUAGGGUGGUUGUUUUUCCAGUGGUGGCUUAUUCUUGCCUCCUUUUCCAGGCUCAUUGAGAGGGGGGGGUGUUUACCCCAGCGGCUUGUAGAUGUAAUUAUCUGAACAGUUUCGGUACUAAACAUGACCAACCUGAGCUGCUGCAUCCACUGAGCCCUCAUCCAGGCGAUCACUCAGCAGUUUAUGCAAAAUAUAAAAGCUACCAUUAACUUAUAGAAGCAGAGGUUUGGUUGUACAGCGGGCGUGUAAUCUUAACAUGAUAUGACCGUAGUUAUGGGGGGCUUUUUUGUGGGGAUAGCGGGGGUGGGAGCGGGGUACGUGUUGGCAUGCUGUGACAGGUUUUAAUCCUUGGAAUGAUUUCUUUUCUUUAUCAUGUUUUGUGUAACAUCUUAUCUGUCUUGUACUUUGAGAUGAACACUGCCCUAGAAACGGUAUCUUUAUGUACUGAAUAAUCAUCUCUUGCGUAGACGUAGUUUAGCGAUCUUUAUGUACGUGUAAAUUGUUGCUUUUGGGGUUUAAAUGGGGGAGGGGUGGGGCUUUGCAGCGCCGAUGGGACCCCCACCGCCUGAACGUCAAAAAAAAAAAAUGUUGUGAAGUGGAGCUCAUCCCAGCUUUGUACAUCUGACGUGAAAUGAACUAGAAGUAGUGGGAUGAGUUGAAGAAAGGGAUGCCGGAAGAACCUUUUUUUUUUUAUUAAAUGGUUCUGUUUUUGUUUUUUAAACUUUCUCAUUUGGUUGGGUAUGCAAGUGCAUCGGUGGAGGCCGGUGGGGCCAUCGAAAGGCUAUACAAUUCACCCUGUAACGCUCGUAGUGACGGCUUCUUUGCUUCAUAUGAAUAAUUGUAGAAUACAUGUAGUAUAUGUGCAGUUAAUAAGUGUAAGAUUAUUAGUUUAAUUGAGAAAAAAAAAUGUCUAGUCGUGGUGUUUGACAGGCCUUGCUCUAAAAUUUGUAGUGAUGCUUUUAUUUCGUCUGUACAGUUGUACAUUUGUAAACGUUUAUGCUGUAAAUGGGAUGUCUUUUACACUUUUUUGGGGAGAAAAAGGCAAAAUGUGCAUUUUGAUGUGUGUAUAUUCAUCACUCCUUUCCCCCUUGAAUAUAAUGUAUACAGUUUUAUUUGAUCAAGUGUUAUUUUAAAGGAAAAAAAAAAGAACUUUAUGGCUUCACAAUCUGGCAUGGUUUUUUGUUUUUAAAUCUGUUAUGGGAAAGGCCGGCCUCUAUUUGUACCGGAGCUGUAACAUCUAACACUGUUAGUCUUUUCUGAAGUGUGACAGUUUAAAAAGAAGAAAAAGAGAAAAAAAACACUCUGUACUAAAAACCGAGGCUGCAUUUAGUCCUCUCUGCUACCAUGGAAACUUCACAGGAUACGACAAGAAUUAUUUUUGUACAGAAGAGUGCUGUAUUUUGGAACAGCUUCUACCUUGUAAGCAAAAGCAAUGUAAAAUAUUGUCAAUUAUAUAAAUAUGAACAUAUGAGUUUUGUCACACUGUCAAAGUCAUGUACAUUUUCAGGUGGCCUUAUGUACAUUUCCAGAUGUUAGAUGAAGAAAACAAACUCAUUUUUGGAAGCAGAAUUGUGACUAUGUAUGAUUAAACUGUUCUUCUAACAUUUGA